AUGACAUUGGAUAGUCCAUCUGUGUCACAAACGGCCUUCGACCUGUUGCUGGGUUACGUGAAAUGCGGAUCUGUCGCCCGUCGACUCAAUGCUGUUCGAGUAAUAGACUACUUAUUUGGUCUAUCUCGCCAAUUCAGGAUGUGUACGAUUGAGGAAUUGCCGAACUUAAUUACUUAUACAUUGGAAACUGAUCCGCUGCAUCAUCCAGUUCCUGGACGUUUGAAAGCGCGCGAAGAACUAAAAUCUUCUUUUCUAAAGAUACUUCUUUCGUGGCAUGAAAAAUAUGGCUCAAAAUAUGGGCAGUUACAUUUAGCUCAUGAACACCUUAAAAGGCGUCUUAAGAUCCACUUCGACGGCAUCAACCUUUCAAACGAAUUUGAAGUUAGACGUGAACGGGAAGCUGCAGAUCGCCAUAAACGGCUUGAAUUGAAACUCUUGGAAAGAGUUAAAGUGGAAUUUUCAGAAUUAGAGAGCGAUAUAAAUUCAUGUCUCAGUGAAAUGAAUAACGGAAUUCGAUUGCUGGUCCCACUGAUAGAAGAUUCUGUGGACGUAAAUGGUCCUUCUACUUCGUUUGCUGAUUGCGUUGUUCCUGAUUCUGUGACAGUUGCACUGAACGUCAAAAAAACUCCUCUUUACCUGACUGAAGAUAAUGCCGAUCUGGUAAAUUCAUUGCGAGAUACAUAUAAAUUGAUGGUGAAUGACUACCAGCCAAAACUGAAGAAAUGGUUGAAAACAGCGAGCAAAUAUGGUUCACCGCUUUCGUUAAUGAGGCGACUUACUGACUUUUCGAAUACGCUGUCCUCACUGAAGCAAAAGUUUGAUGAUUUGAACAUUACAACUUCAUCUAAGGCGAAAGAAUCAAGCGAUGACGAUGAUUGCAGUGAUUUUCAAGAGGUUAGUGAAAAAGAAGGUCUCGAAAUGAUGUGGAAGCCUCCAGAUGAUGUACCGCAGUAUAUUUUGAACAGUUUAGACGUAAGCAAACAACCGUCGUCUUUAGUGUCUACUGAGUCAUCUAAGCAAGUUAGUGUAACAGAUAACAGACCUGCGAUCCCGGUUGUCUCUUAUGGAUUGGAUCUGAAGUACUGGAAUAAACAGAAUGUUGAAGCGCCACUGAGAAUGCGUAACGAUUAUGACUGUCAUCGGUUUUGGCGACCAAUUGAAUCGGACGAUACUUGUCAAGACGAAGAUAUUGCAGCAUAUCGAGAACGAAUAAUCGAAUUCACUGGUAAAUUCGAACCCGUUCUUCAUGAAUGUCGUGCUCCAUUAAAAAAUGGUAAAUUAUGUCCAAGGAAAGAUCGAGUAAAGUGCCCGCUGCACGGGCUGAUUAUUCCACGUAACGAAGAAGAUUUCCUGCAAGACCUUACAGCUGGAACAGGAAUAGACUUUCUUCGAAACAAGAAACGAAAAACUUGUAAUACACAGUCAACCAGACGCAAUGCUAUCCGCAAGAAAGUGCUCAAUGUGUCCAGCCUUAAGCGUGUGGGAAGGCAGUUGGAUUCAUCACAGUCUCUCAGAAACUACAGCCGAUUUCGUGACCAGUGGAAUUAUUAUUGA